GCCCAGUCCGGAUGUUCCUCAGUGGCGAGUAACGAGCAGCAGUGUGUGAAUGUGGCAGCCGAGGUCGACAGGGAGGGGUGGACACGGACCGACCAGCGCUGGGGGGCUUUAGUCCUCUUUUCUUUCUUUUUCGGAACUCACGGAAGAGUUGGUCCGCAGCGUCCGUGGCGCCGCGGCGGUGGAGUUUCGUCGUCGGGCAGAAACACCGGGGCCGCCGCUGCUUUCCUGUGGGACUAACCGCCAGGAGGAAGACGGAGCGGGACGAGCGACAUGGGGCGAUAGUAAAAAAGACAACAAGAAGGUGUUGCGUUGUGAGCCGACGAUGACUCCCUGGGGGGAUCCGUGAAGGCUAUUUAUCUUUAUUUAUCCCCCCUCCCUCCUCCUUCCUCUCCCCCUCCUGUUUCUUUUGUUUCUUUUCUUUUCUUUUUUUUUGGACGUUUUCUCCUCCCUUUGCUUUUCUAGUGGGAGUGUGUGUGUGUGUGUGUGUGUGUGUUUUUUGUUUUCGUUUUUGUUUUAAUUUUUUAAUUUUUGAGGAGAAAAAGGCCACGGGACACGUCCCAGCAGGACUGAAGGAUGGACCAAGCCGGCAUCCUGAGAAAGUUCAUCCAGGGGGUGAAGGCCAUGAGCGAGGGGGACGAGGAGAGGGGAGAGGACAACUUCGGCAACGACUUCAUGCGGUUGCGGCGGUUAUCCACCAAAUACCGGACGGAGAAGAUCUACCCCACCAACGUAGGAGAGAGGGAAGAGAACGUAAAGAAGAACAGAUAUAAAGAUAUACUGCCAUUUGAUCACACCAGAGUGAAGCUGACGUUAAAAACAACCAAUCAGGACACAGAUUACGUCAAUGCUAACUUCAUCAAGGGUAUGGAUGGCCCGGAGGCCUAUAUUGCAACUCAGGGCCCACUGCAGAACACUGUCAUCGACUUCUGGAGGAUGAACUGGGAAUACAAUGUGGCCGUUAUUGUAAUGGCUUGUCGAGAGUUUGAGAUGGGACGGAAAAAGUGUGAGCGAUAUUUCCCGGUGCGGGAGGAGGAGCCCAUGAGUUUUGGUUCCUUCAGAAUCUCCUGUGAAUCGGAGCAGGCCAGAACAGACUACUUUAUCAGGACUUUGACGGUAGAGUAUGAAAAUGAAACUCGGAGGAUAACACAGUUCCAUUACAUGAACUGGCCGGAUCAUGAUGUCCCCUCGUCGUUUGACUCCAUUCUGGAUAUGAUCGCACUAAUGAGGGAAUACCAAGAGAAUGACGACGUCCCUAUAUGUGUGCACUGCAGUGCAGGCUGUGGGAGGACCGGUGCAAUCUGUGCUAUCGACUACACAUGGAACCUCCUCAAAGCUGGGAAAAUACCAGAAGAUUUUAAUGUUUUUCGGUUGAUCCAAGAAAUGAGGACGCAGCGACACUCUGCUGUUCAAACCAAGGAGCAGUAUGAGUUAGUUCAUAGAGCAAUCGCUCAGCUCUUUCAGAAACAACUGCAACAACUGGAGAGCCCCACCAACACGCAGAUACAUGAUGGCAUGGAUGAGAGCAGUCCAGACAAAGCAAGCCACCAGUCGGAUGAUGAAAGAUGGGACACGCCGCCUCCCAAACCUCCACGCAUACGCAGUUCCCAGGCAGAGGGUGAUGUUAAGGAGGAGAUUCUCCAGCCCCCGGAGCCUCACCCCGUACCCCCCAUUCUGACCCCGUCUCCCCCCUCGGCCUUCCCCACCGUCACCAACGUACGGCAGGACAACGACCGCUACCAUCCCAAACCUCUCAUACACGUCCUGGCCACUGCACAGCACAAUGCGGCACAGAACAAAGAAGCGGACCAGCAGCAGAAACAGUCAGAGCCCGGUCCCAACAAACAGCCCAGUCCCUCAGAGCAGAAAGACCAAGAUCUACAGAGUCAGAAACAGAAGAGCCAGGUCUCAAAUCUGGACCUCAACGACAACUACAACAACAAAUUGUCUUUGGCUUCAGGAAAAUCAGAAUCGGGCCAAAGCCAGGCGCAGACUCCCUCAUCGCCCCUCUCCCCGGCCGUCGAAUGUUCCGGCGCUCCUCGGAUCGAGAGGAAGCUCAGCAUUGAGAUUAAAAAGGUGCCGUUGCAAGAAGGACCUCGUAGCUUCGACACGUCCUCCUCGAUGGGAGUAGCAGGCGGUCUCGGCAGCGGUGCAACACCCAACAGCACUGGUAUGCUCCAGAGAGGCCACGCCUUCAAAGCCCGCUCUGGCCAGUCCCUGCUGACGUCGAGCUCCUCGCUGUCAGAGGACUCGGGCACGGAGGGAGGAGCCAGCGGGGAGAGUCAUGGAGACGAAGGAGUCCUGGUCAGACCGAACCAUCUUCCCGUGAGGAGCGGAGAGAAGGGGGACGCACCGGGAGGGGAGAGGGUGGAGUUAAUGGGAGGCCACGCAGCGUUUAAUCAACACUGCAGCAGCCCCGACAAACAGUUCCCAAAGACCUCCUCCUCUUCCUCCUCAUCAGACCGCGUCGCUCCAUCCUCUUCCUCCUCCUCCCACCUCUCCUCGUCCUCCUCGUCCUCCUCCUCCUCCACUCCCGUUAGGACUGCCCUGAGUUUUACCAACCCCCUGCACUCCGAUAACUCGGAAGAGGAGGGGGAUGGAGAGAUGUCUGGAGGAAAGGAAGGUUACCGCACCAAUGUGUCCAUGGCGACGGCCUCGGUAACCACAUCGCCUCACCAUGGAGACCAGCCGCCAGUCAGGAAGGUGCUGCCAAUGUCGAUCGCAGGGCAUAGCUCUCCAUCGCCCUCCGCAACCACAGCAAACUGCUGGGACAGCGACGACUCCCCUCCCCCUCUCCCUGCGAGAACCCCCGAGUCCUUCAUACUGGCCACAGACCCUCUGGAGGUGAGAACGUCCUCCUCGGCGGAUUGGAGCGGCUCACACACAGACAUGUCAGACCGCGUUAAGAAGACAUCUCCAACUGACCCUGCAUCUGCUGCCACCACAGCAACAGACAGGAAGGCAGACUUGGGUGGGGUUCGGUAACCGCUGCGUCCAACCCAAAGGCCCUCGGGAACCCCCCCUGGAGUGGACGUGAUGGCGCGAUCCGUCUGCCCGUCCACCAACAGUGUCCCCUCCUGACGGGACUCUGCUGAUCUCACCUGGCUGGACCAAAAAACCAAGUUGAUAGAUGCUACACAGACAGACAGACAGACAGCACAUUGUUACAUAGAAGGGCCUUCUGUGUGACUCUGUGCCAGAAGCUUGUCGAGACUGAGUUCCUCCUCCUCCUCCUCCUCCUCCUCCUCAGUCCUUCCUUCAAAGUGUCACUGUGCAAAGCAGAAGAACACUUACUGUUCAAGUGGCUCGUCCAUUCUAGAACAAAGCCCUCAUUUUCCUGCUCAGCUUGCUGAUGUUAGAGGUUUUGACUUCUCUAGACGCUGACCUGGGAUCAGUCUGGUCAUUUCCCUGUUAAUGGUUAAAGGAUAAUUCCUGUAUUUUAAUUUUAUUUUGGUGACGUGAGAGUAGAUUAAGUACAGCUCUUGAUUCUCUCUCUGAGCUGUAGACACAUCAUGAAGAUUUGUCCAUUCUCAGGCUUAUUGAAGAGGAAUAGGGGUAUAACCCUCAAAUGUUGAAUAAAAGAGCAUUCUCCUGCAAUUAACAGGAGGAAUGCUUUGUUCCAUACCAAAUGGGAAAAGUCACUUUUCUUUGGGUCCUAAAUCAGGAAUUAAUCUUUAAUCAGAAAAGCUACUGUGGGAAGCCGAACUCCCAGAAAGUGUCUGCUUCCUCCUACUGAAUGAAAAACCAAUCUUCAAAGCGAACCUAGAUAAUCUGUUACCCAUGAUGCAACCUUUUCUGUUGGGUAUGUACAGGUUGCCAGGGUGCUCUCUCUUUCUCCUAUUUCUCUCUCUCUCUCUGUGUGCUGGUGCUACAUUACAAAAGGAUCAUCGUAGAAAUGUAAAGAUCGGAGCCGACUAUUACCGACAUUCAUUCACCUGUCCUGUGUUCGCUGCAGUAACGUCGGCUCUAGCCUCUUCUAUUUCUAUGCUGCCCAUCAGAGUAAUGAGACUGACGAGGUUUGGUCAUUGCAGAGUCCUGCCCGGUGGCUUUUAAAGGAAUAGUUUGGCAUUUUCGGGAAGUUUGGGAGCUUGAUGAAAACACUGAUAGUGCUCUCAUCCACGUUAAUUAUUGAGAUGGAGCCAGGAGCUGCUUAGCUUAGCUUAGCAUUGAUUCUGUGGUACGUGCUGAAGUGAACAAUCAUGCCGACAUCAUCCUGUGGCGUCAGAAUGCAAAGCGCAAGGCGGCGGCGUAAGGAAAAAUUAAAUCUGAGUUAAGAAAAAGUUGAUACAGUACGCUGAUUAUACCCUGUUAUCUGUUGUAAUGGUUUUGAAAGCAAAUCAACAGUAUCUGAUCAUUGGUUGGUUGGAAGUGGUUACUUUAAACAGAUAUUUUUAAAUCACCUUUACACCCCUGAACUGACCCAGAAAACCAGACUGUUUCCAGUCACAGCAGAGUUGAAUAACCUCAGAACCCGCCUGUGAUGAAUCCUCUGAUCUGUAAUGACCAAACACAUCAUCAGUCCCGUGACUCUGGCUCUCACUGCUGGGACCAUGAGUCUGCCUUAGUCCAACCCCCUCCCCCCCACAGAAGACAGCCAAUAACAGACCUUCUUAAUUUGGCUUUGCUCUUAAGGUAAUUUCCUCUCUUUGUGUUUUUUGGCGUCUCCUGGUCUUAACUUGGGGCUCAUAUUUGCUGUUUUCCUGUUGCUGCUUUUCUGUUCUCCUUCUCGUCAUCCUGCUGGUGAGGCCCUCAUAUGAACGACCACGCAACGGUUUUUUUUGCUUUCGCUGGCAGUGUGUGCUCACAAUACACCUCAGUGUUUGGAACUAUGACUGUCACACAUCACCUGAAACUGAUCCUGACGGAUUUAUUUUAAACCGCAACUUGUUUGGUUUCUCACCUGAGGGCCAAGUCGUACUUCACCUGCCUCUGCGCUUGUGAGACAAUGAUCCAAUCAGACUCGUGCAGCUUAGGGACCCAGGACUACUGUUCUCUCCAGAUUUCUAUCGAUAUCUGCUAACUUCUCCUUCAUUAGCAAACAUAACUAUACAGUAUAUGCAUUUUUUUUAUAAAGAUAAAAAACUGUACAGGGCAGGUAAGGUAUAUAAUAUUUCAGAUCCUUUUUUUUUUUUGCUUAAAUAUUCUUAUUAACAGAAGAUGUAAGAGAGUCAGUGCAUGAUGAUGAGGAUGAUUCCUCCCCCUACACAAUGUUUCCCUUCAAACUGUAAAUUAUUCUGCUGCCCUUUGUUUUUUUUCUCUUAUGUCAAAUAUUUCAGGGUUGUUUAUUUUGUAUUUUGAUGUUCUAAUUAUAUUCUUAAAAAAAUUGAAUUCUUAUUGUUUUUGUUUUGUUUUAAUUGGUUGGCAGAUGAAAAGCAUAGACUGCCGGCUGGCCACCUUUCAGAUAGCAACAAUGGGCUCCUAAUAAGAUUGUAAUAAUAAUAAUAAUAUUAUUAAUGAUGAUGAUAAUAAUAAUGGUCGUUUUUUGUAAAUGGUAUUUUAAAGUUAUUUUUGUAUACGCGGUUGUUUGUUGCGUCACGAGUCCUCUGCUCCCCAUCCAAGCCCCCGCUUCUCUCCUCUCAUACUCUCUCUGACUCUCCGUCUUUUUUCUUUUCACACUUUCUGAAUCGUUUUUUUCUCUUUCCCUCUACUUGCUCUUUGAAGGUAAAACAUCCAACAGAGUUGGUUCUCCUGCUCUGGACAAGGAGCAUCUCAUUAUUUUCCUCUCCUCUUGUUCUUACUUCCUCCCCCUCUGUUUUCUGUCAUUUACCUUCCUCCUCUGCCAUCCUCAUUGAUGCCUUCUUAAUUUCCAUUAGCCGCACACUAGCCUCAAUCUCAGAAAAGAGCCCACCUGUGCCUUUGCGAGAGAGCCCGCCCUCCCCUUGUCCCUCCUCCAAUCAUCAUUUCUGGCGUGAGCGUGAGUGAGAUGAUUCGCUGCUGCUUGCUCAUUGCCUCCUGUGGGACUCACAUUCAGCCACGCCCUUGUCCGUCUCCUGUCACACACAGAGACACACACACAUGUACACCCAAAAUGUUGAUGUUGCCGAAAUCAAUCAGUAAAAAUGAACGUUAAAUAAA